AAGCCGAGCGCCUCCUCGUCAUCACACGUGGAGGUGGAGGUGGAGGUGGAGGCGCUCCCGAUGGAGCUUCUUGCAUUGCCUGCCGAUCAGCCGAUCGAGACAGAGGACAAGUUCGAACUUGGAUAUUCGUGAUCAAGAUUUCAUGAGCAGGGAGCGGCAUUUGCACAAGGCUUUGUUCCUUUGAUAUGAUUUGAUCGGGGACGAGGUGAUGGUUUGGGGCGAAGAGAGCGACUGCUGCCGUUGAGACAGGCAAUUCUGCGCCCCGCCCGCCGACUGCCUGCCCAUAAUGGUGGUUUCUUGGUUCAGUGGACGCGGCGUGGGAUUUGGAUUUGGUGCUGGUUGUGGAUUCGGAGUCGGGUGGGGAUUCGGAGGAUCCUCUCUGCAAACUCUUGGAAUCGGUGCAGGUGGAGGAUGUGGUGUAGGCCUAGGCCUUGGAUGGGGUUUUGGUCUGGCUUACGGGACAAGAUAUGUCGACUCUAAGCCCAAGUUUGAAGGGAUCAAUUUUGAUGAUUUGAAAGGAAAGUCUGGGAAAGAUGCUCCACCAGAUAUUCCAGCCAUAGUUCAAUGAGAUCGCGCAGAUAGUUCCAAAUCUUGCUUGUGAAUAGUAGUAGCACGCGUAGACGAAUGAAUAUCUGAUCUGCAACUGCGUGCAAGUGUGUGAUCAACAAGGUCUACAUGUACAUUCGAGGUCAUCACCAGUUUUUACCCAAUCUGGUGACUUCUUGAUCGUGAAGAAAAAGUUAGAUAAGCCCAGGCAGCUAUUGAGUUUUUAUCUCACAACUGACAUUCGAGGGAAAUAGCACAACAUUUAUAUCGUCCAAGUCUCAAAAUUUUGUGGUAUAAAUGAAAGGUUUCAAGUCUGGAAAGGCACUUUCGAGAGCUAUGAAGCAUGUACGAUGUAUGUUAAUUACUUGCAGGCAAUCAUUGUAGUGUUCACCUCGUAAAUGUACAGCCGUUAAUCAGCUAGACCUUAAGUAAAUCUAUACUCACUUCCAGAUUUUGAUUACCAUAUCAAUGUCAUGUAC